AUGCUGGUCAAGGUGCAGGUCGCUGCGGCGGCGUACUUUCUUUUGGUUUUCCAAUCUGCCCAGGCUGGUCCUAUUAGACGGGCGGCUAAUUUAGUUCCUCGAAAUAAUACUACUGCGCCGAGCGUUGUGCCUCAGUCGUCGGGAUUGUCUACUCAGAAUCAAAACGGUCUGGGUGCGACUACUCCACGGCCGAUCUUGACGACACUCUCGGAAAGUAUCCCUUUUCCGGUUACGUUGACGGAUGAGAAGACGGGCGAGACUCAGGCGACUACAACUACAACUGAGACAUCGAUUCCAUUGACGGUUGUGCCUAUUACUGAUACUACGACGUUGGGGCCAGGGGAAACGACACAGACCUCUCCAACGGGAUCUGCUGGUGAUACGACCGCUGUGUCGACGGGGUUGGGUACUGUGACAACUACACCUGCUUUGCCGACCACGACGACGACUAUUGGAGAUGAAGGACCAACGACAACGACUGAUACAACCGUGGGCUCUGUCACUGUUACCACUGCUGGACCUGAUUUGUCCACGGAAACAUCAGCCGGUACUGUUCCAAGGCCAACUUCAAUCGUGACUUCUGACGUAACUUCUCAGCCUACCGUGGCUACAACUACAAAGACAACGACUCGUCCUCCGUACGUGGUCACAGAUACUACUACCAAGGGUACAACCAUAACGACAGCUAUUGUCCCGCAAAACAGGACUACUACACCACCUACCACCGACGGAAGUACUACCACUGCUGUUAAUGGUGCGCCUACUGGUUCGACUACCUUUACUGAGCCACAGUUCAUCACAGAUCCCAAGAAUAAGCCGACGGUAACUACGCGACUAUUUCCAGGAAACACUACUACUGGUCUGGCUGGUCAAACUACGACAACGGAUCAGGAUGGUUCUACCACCACCGGUCUAGGCGGUCCUAAUGUAUCUGGCGAUCUGAGCGGAUCUGUCACAACUACAGGUUUGCCAACAACCACCGAUAGCUCACCUACUGGCUCAACCACCACCUCUCGGCCGCAGUUCAUCACAGAUCCCAAGAAUAAGCCGACAGUGACUACACGACUAUUUCUGGGAAACUCCACUACCUUGGUACCAACUUCAGAUCAAAAUACUUCCCCCACAACGACCGAUCUGGGCGAGCAAACCACAACUACCGACUUGAACGGCCCUACUAUCACCACGGAUCAAAACGGGUUGACUACGACCACCGACAGUUCUCCCACAGGUUCAGACACUGCCACUACUGACGAGUCAACCAUAUCACCAAGUGACAACCCAACAACUCGAGAUGCUCCCGCCGUCACAACCACAACUCCCACAGAUACCUCCAACCCAACCGGCUUCCCAACCGUCACGCUCCCCGAAGCCACAUCAUCCCCCUCACAGCAACCAUCAUCCCCAUCCAGCGACCAAAAUCAAACCCCAGAAACAACAACACCAACGAACGCACCCACCACAACCAUCACAAUCACACCAACAGGCCAACCAGACGCCAACGUCCCAACCGCAAUCCCAACCUUCCCCACGGCCACCACAACCGUCGACUCCUCCGUCUACGCUUCCAACCUCGCACAAGCCAAGUCCCUCAACCAACUCUUCAGCACACUCACUCCCGAGUCCGCAUGCACAGGCACCCAAACGGCCUGUAUAUCCGGCAAAAUAGCCUCCUGCUCCAACGGGGCCUUUGUCCUGACUGCGUGUCCGGCGAAGCAGAGGUGCUAUGCUCUUCCCAUGACGAAUACCCGCGGCGCAAAAGUUGGCUGUUAUGAUUCCGCCGAGGCAGAGGGGAUAUUGGGGGCUGUUGAGAGUCCAACUCAGACGAGGGUGCCUACGACGUUUACAACGGAGACGAGGAAGGUUAUUACAAAGACGCAUUUUGUGACUCUGACAGAUGGGGGAAUGGUUUCUUCGGGGGUCAGCACGAAUGUUCCGCCUGCCCAGGAGACGUCCGUUCCUCCUGUAGUCACGACAACUCCGUCCAACCCUGAGCCUACUAGUCAAGCUCCUUCGCAAGAGACAACGCGUCUUGCACCAGUAGAUUCACCCAGCUCGCCAACACCUCAACCCGAGCCUGAACCUACAACAGUUCCUCCUCCUCCUCCCGUGGAAACAACUCCCCUCCCGCCCGCACCGUCGCCCACCAAACCAACCCAGAUCAUCAUCACCCAAACCUUCGCCCAGGAGUCAACCCUCCCGCCGCCAGACCCUUCAAACCUGAUCCUCCGUCCUAUCCAAGACACAACUACGACUCUCGCUCCCGCGCCCUCCGAUAACGCGGCUGGCGCAGACGCAGGAACACCGCGGACAACGGUGGUGAAUAACGGGACGCCUACUGUCUCGGUGUAUUUUACGGUCACGGUUACGGAUAAGGUACAGGAGACGGUUACUGUGACGGUGAGGUGA